CAGACAACCACAAGAAAAACAACAUAGAGAAGCAUCGAACAGAGAACAGGAAACAUGAAAUCAUUUGACAUUCCUCUAGCUGGCCUCUGCUUACUCUUAACUGUUCAGCUCAUGGGCGCAUUCCCUCUACAAAACACAGCCUUAACCACAGAUGACAUGGAUGUCUUAAAGCUUCUUUUACAGCGACUUGAAGAGUCCAUUCCUGCUUCAUCUCAAGACCGAAGACUGUCACAGGUGGAAGAAGUGGUGGACAAUCUCGAAGAAACCCUCGUUCAUCCUCAAACCAGAAGUGACAUGAGAGAGUAUCUGUCUGCUCGGGACUUGAAGACAGUCCGACAGGACUCCAAGAGAUACUCCGGGUGUUUCGGGCGUAGACUGGACAGAAUCGGGUCCAUGUCGUCACUGGGAUGUAAUACUGUUCGGUCAAGUCCUAAAAGGAAGUGAUGUCUUAAUGAGACUUCUGCGUCAUUCUCUGGGACAGACUCCAACAUUUUCUUUAACUAUGCAUAUUUAUUGAGAUAUGUCUAUUUAUUAAAUUGUUAAAUAGUCGAAAUAUAUGUUUAUAUGCAUCUUUAAUUUAAUUAAUUGUAAAUCAAACCAGAUGUAAAUUCCUGCUUAAAUAAUAAUAAAUGUUUACACGUGCCAA